AUGGUGCCACAGGAGCUGGAGCUGAUGGAAAACAUCUUGACAAGCAAGCAGGAUGAGAGCUGGGAGCAGCGGUGCCCCCGGGCUUCCUUCACCCGCCAGGAACGGAGCCGCCUGCUCUGGGAGGAUGUCAGCAUCAUGGAGGAAGAUGCCACCAAAGUCACCGCCCUGAAGCUGAGGCUGGAUGAGUCCCAAAAAGUGCUGCUGAAGGAGCGGGAGGACAAGCUGGCACUCAGUAAGAACAUUGAGAAGCUGGAGGGCGAGCUCAGCCAGUGGAAGAUCAAGUACGAAGAGCUCAACAAGAACAAGCAGGAAGUGAUGAAGCAGCUCAACAUCCUGAAGGAGAUCCACCAGGAUGAGCUGGGGCGCAUCUCCGAGGACCUGGAGGACGAGCUGGGUGCUCGCUCCAGCAUGGACAAGAAGAUGGCCGAGCUGCGUGCAGAGAUGGAGCGUCUGCAGGCGGAGAACGCAGCCGAGUGGGGCCGUCGGGAGCGGCUGGAGACGGAGAAGCUCAACCUGGAGCGGGAGAACAAGAAGCUGCGGGCGCAGAUCGAGGACCUGGAGGAGGUGCUGGCUCGCAAGCGGCGCCAGACAGCCAGCGCCCUGGACACCGACCUCAAAACCAUCCAGGCUGAGCUCUUCGAGAAGAACAAGGAGCUGGCCGACCUGAAGCACAUCCACACCAAGCUGAAGAAGCAGUACCAAGAGAAGAUGGCCGAGCUGGCCCAUGCCAACCGCCGUGUGGAGCAGCAUGAGGGCGAGGUGAAGAAGCUGCGCCUGAGGGUGGAGGAGCUGAAGAAAGAGCUGGCCCAAGCCGAGGAUGAGCUGGAUGAGGCCCACAACCAAACGCGGAAGCUGCAGCGGUCGCUGGAUGAGCAGACGGAGCAGAGCGAGAGCUUCCAGGUGCAGCUGGAGCAUCUGCAGUCCCGGCUGCGGCGGCAGCAGAGCACCCCACUUUUUGGCAAGAUGCGGAGCACCCGCUUCGGUCCUGACGACACCGGGGAUGGCACCAGUGACCCUGACGAGGACGAGGACCUGCAGAUCCAGGUGCCCUAG